AUGCCAACGCGAAGUCGUAGGUACUGGAUCCUAGCCGCCUUACGACGAGUAUGGGCGAACAAACUGACGCUGAUUGCUGACGAUGGUGACUCCAGCGAGGAGGAAGAGGAGCAGGAGCUGAUGAUGCUGUACUUCGUGCUUAACUCCAAGCGGUAUCUUUCACGCCGCGAGCGAUUCGAGAGACCAGAGUUUCGGGUUGAAUACUAUCUUACAGGCAUGUCGGACGAGAACUUCCGCCUCAAUUUCCGGAUGAACAGGCAGUAUUUUACCGCUGUGUGCCAGCUCAUCACCAACCAUGACGUAUUCCGCUCUGUGCCGGGUAAAUAGCCUCGAAUGGGCGUUGAAAUCCACUUGAUGGCCCUGUUAAAGAUGCUUGGUUCUUUGGACGGCUACGGCCUAUCAGCUGACUUCCUUUCGGUUGGCAGUCAUACCCCAGCAUCCCUGCUGGCUCGGCGAGCUAUGGAGGC